AUGGAACUCUACCACCCCCAGACCGAUCUAAUCCUGACCUAUGGCAAUGACACUGUCGUCCUGUCCACGCUGGUCAAUAUCAUGGCGUUCCACCUUAAGAGCAGGCUGGAGGCCCACCAGAUUGUGGACCGACCAGAUUCGCGCUGCUUAGGACGCCUAGGAAGCCAAGACGUGGACAGCAUACACAAGGUAGGAAGACACAGUACCACGAUGACCGCGGGGUGUCCGUGA